UUACUUUUAAAUUCCAUAUUCCAAUUAACGGUUCGUCAGCGACAGCAGCGCCAUCCGUUGUUUGACAACACUAACACUAACCAUUUCGUACUGUACGAAAUACGAAGACAGCAGAAUUAACGAAACAAAAAAAAGCUAUGUUGACAGCUGCCGAAAGGGUCGUUGCAAGGUUAUUCAUUCGGCCAACUUCUUGCAAAUAUUUUGCAUUGCAGUUUACUCGUUCUCUCAGCAGUUGCGAUAAGAAUAAAAAAAAUAACAAAAUGUCACGUCAAUUCUGCGUUGGUGGUAACUGGAAGAUGAAUGGCGAUCAAAAAUCCAUCGCCGAAUUGUGCAAGAUUCUUUCUGCAGGACCAUUAGAUCCCAACACCCAAGUUUAUGUUGGCGUACCAGCACCUUACCUGAUCUACGUACGUAGUCUAUUGCCAGAAAGCAUCAAUGUGGCUGCACAGAAUUGUUAUAAAGUAGAAAAGGGUGCAUUCACUGGUGAAAUUUCGCCCGCAAUUAUCAAAGACACUGGCGCCGGUUGGGUGAUUUUGGGACACUCCGAGCGUCGUCAAAUCUUCAAGGAGAGCGAUGAACUCAUUGCAGAGAAAGUUGAACAUGCCUUGGCAGCUGGUUUGAAAGUAGUCGCUUGCAUUGGCGAAACUCUGGAAGAACGUGAAGCCAAUAAGACACAAGAGGUUGUCGCUAGACAAAUGUGUGCGAUAGCUAAGAAGGUGAACGACUGGACCAACGUUGUUGUAGCUUACGAGCCAGUGUGGGCCAUUGGCACAGGCAAAACCGCUACUCCCGAACAGGCACAAGAAGUACACGCCUACCUUCGUCAAUGGUUGACCGAUAACAUUUCAAAGGAAGUAUCUGCCUCAUUACGUAUCCAAUAUGGUGGCUCCGUGACUGGUGCCAAUGCCAAGGAUUUGGCUAAAAAGCCCGAUAUCGAUGGUUUCUUGGUGGGUGGUGCUUCUCUGAAGCCCGAAUUCGUGCAAAUUGUUAAUGCCAGACAGUAAAUGUCUUGUAAAGAAGCUGUUGAAGCACAUGACUGCCUACAAACUCAAGACAUUUUAGGCAUGGAAUUCACAUCUCAAAUAUUGUUAAUGACCAAUGUUACUUUUAAAAGAACUUUUUUUUUAUAAUUUUGCUUAGCUUAACGUAAUUUGCAUAGCUAUGCAGUGUAUGCAAAUUUGCUGUUAAGAGUAAAUAUAAAUAGAAAAGUUUUCACUUUAUCAUGACAGGAGUUAUCAAAAGAUGGGAAAAAAUUAAAAAUUAUGGAAAUUUAAUCAUGUAAACUUUGCGUACCGUUGUAUUAUGAAGAACAAGUCAUACUUCGUUGUAUAUUUUAUUAUACUCGAAGAAAUUGCUGGAAUUUAAUUUUAGAUUAUUAAAUAAAUGUUGUUAAGAGUUUUAAAACUAAAUAAAA